AUGGCGGUGAGGAACAACGGGAAGGGGAAUUGGGAUGCGAGCAGGAAGGAGGGGUCAUGCAAGAACUUUGGGCAGAAAUUCUGCAAGUUGUUCUUCGCUGCGGAAUCUCGGAAGCGAUUGAGAAUUCCACCAUCAUUCAAUCAAUAUCUUCUAGAAAAUCCAACUGGACUAGUUUGCCUAAGAGGCCCAAGUGGCAACACAUGGCUUGCAGAGCUUUCUUCAGACACUGAAGGGUUGUUCUUUGGAGAUGGAUGGAACAAAUUUGUUAUGGAUCAUUCCAUAGAGUCAGGACACAUUUUAACCUUCUGUUAUGAUGGGCGCUCUCAAUUCUCAGUGGUGGUAUUUGAUGGAAUGUGUAUUGAGAAGCCGUCGGGUUUUCAUGCUAAGCCUUCCAAGGAUCUGGUUGGUCCAAUAGAAAGUGAUGAAAGGGACAAACAAAUGUCCCCUGUUCCCCAAGAGGAGAAUCAUGGAACCAGGAAGAAGACUAGAGAAAUAGAUGCAAAUGGCUCUACAUUGAGGAAGCACUGUAAUGGAGCUUUGGUUGGUGACAACUCAGUUAGCCUUAAUAAUACUGAAGAUUCUGUUUCAUCAUACCAUGUGUCAGAAGAAAAUAUCUCUCGCAACGAGUCCUCAAAGUCUACACCCGGGUCGCUCAAAUUGUCUAAGGAUGUGGAUAUAUGUGGAAAAAAAAAAAAUAUCUCUCGCAACAAGUCCAAGUCAGUACCGAUGCUGCUCAACUUUUCCAAGGAUGUGUAUAUAGAUGGAAAAACCAUUGCGGAAGUUCAAAGACAACCAGAAGUAAUAUCGCAAAGGCCACCAGUUUGUGAAGAACAGCAGAACAACGCUCUUCAAAAGGCAAAGCAAUAUAAAUCGAAGUACCCUAUAACUAUGCAAAUAAUGAAGGAGACUUAUGUCUACAAGACAUUUUUCAUGAAUAUUCCAUGUGAAUUUGUCAGGGAGUAUCUUCCCCGCACCGACAAGAAGUUGACACUCUCGGAUCCACAAGGAAUGGCUUGGGAAGUUGACUAUGUCUAUUGCAGCCAGCGUUGUUCUGGCGCUUUCAGUCGGGGCUGGGGCAAGUUUUCGGUAGGUAAUCACCUGGAGACUUUUGAUGUCUGCGUCUUCGAGCUCCUCUCAGAGGACAACAUAAAUGUGCGCAUCUACAGAGCAAAUGCCGCACUAUAUCCUUAUCUCUCAUAUUGA